AUGACUGACAACCCAUCCAUCAUGGCGAAUGGAUUCACCCAAGUCAUCACGAUGAUGAUGCAAAAUCCCCCCGAUCCCAAUGAACACAUCCCGUUGUCGAACAAGAAAGGAACAAUAUUCGGCACCACCAUUACAUUCCUGGUCAUCAGUUGGCUAUUCGUUGCCUUUCGCCUUCAUACCCGACUAAUAGUGCUUCGCGAGCCUGGCCUGGAUGACCUCUUCGUGGCGCUGGCAGCCGUGUUCCACCUCGUAUCAACCAUAGCGUUCCUUUGCUGUACAAACUACGGCUUGGGAAAGCACCUCAUCUUUGUUCUUGGGAUGAUACAACCGACCAUGAUGUGGCUCUACAUCACAAAUGGCGCCUACAAUACCACAACGGGCUUGAUCAAAAUAUCGCUCCUCCUUCAAUACCUGAGACUGUUCCGCGAAGGUAUCCGCCGUAUCGUUUGCAUCGUCCUCCUUGUCAUGGUUAUCUGUUGGGCGAUGGCAUUUGCCUUCAUGGCUUGGUUCCCAUGUUUUCCCGUGUCUGGCUUCUGGGACAGGACCAAGGCAGCCAAGUGCUACGGCUACGGAUAUCGAUCCACACUCGAAACAAAACACUUGAUGCUCGCGUUUUCCGCAACAAACAUGAUAUUCGAUGUAUCCAUAUUUGCUAUUCCGCUAACCGAGUACUUCCGGAAAGACCUGAGACGGAGGCAGGUUCUCGCCAUGACGGGCUUAUUUACGCUCGGCGCAAUUGCCGUCAUGAUGGCAAUCCUCCGCCUCUGGAGCACAUUCAAGCACAACGCAAGUUCAGCCCAGAGCUUCGACUUCGUAUGGUGGUACCCCGAGGUCCUCAUCAUCUCUUCGCUCGAAGUCAGCUUUGCAAUCAUGUGUGCAUCCAUGCCCAUCUUCUGGCCCACUGUCAUGAUUUCCUGGGGCCACAUCUUUGUCACCAACGAAGUCCGCGUCACGUCCCACGAGCGCCUCGGUAGCGUCAGUCAAGAAGCAUAUGAGCUUAAGAGGACAGAAAGUGUGAAGAGUAACGAAAGCACACGGAUCCUGGAAAGCCCAGCUAGCGACCAAGGCAAUCUAUUCGAAAGAUACUACCGGAUUGAGAUGAUCAAAUCUGAAGGCUUGGGCGUUACGCAUAUUGAGGCUCAUCAUCAGGCGCCGAAAGAACUUCCACUAUAG